CUCUACAAGCUUUUUGUUAAGAGACUAAAAAAAACAAAAAAACCUUGAAGAACUCACCAAUUUGAUCAAUUCAUUUAUUAAAAAAAAAACAGAGAAGAAAAGAGAAAUGGCUAUUAUGGAUGAAGCUGCUAAUAUGGUUUGUGUGCCGUUGGAUUAUAGUAGAAAGAGGAAAUCAAGGAGUAGAAGGGACAGAACAAAAAAUGUGGAAGAGACACUAGCUAAAUGGAAGGAGUAUAAUGAGAAACUAGACAAUGAAGGGAAAGGGAAGCCAGUGCGUAAAGUUCCUGCUAAAGGUUCAAAGAAGGGGUGUAUGAGAGGUAAAGGGGGACCAGAAAAUUGGCGGUGUAAAUACAGAGGUGUUAGACAGAGGAUAUGGGGUAAAUGGGUUGCUGAGAUUAGGGAACCUAAAAGAGGUAGUAGGUUAUGGUUGGGUACAUUUGGUACAGCAAUUGAAGCUGCUUUAGCAUAUGAUGAUGCUGCAAGAGCUAUGUAUGGUCCUUGUGCAAGGCUUAAUUUGCCAAAUUACGCGUGUGAUUCUGUUUCCUGGGCAACUACAUCUGCAUCUGCAUCUGCAUCUGAUUGCACCGUUGCUUCUGGUUUCGGCGAGGUAUGUCCGGUUGAUGGUGCUCUUCAUGAAGCUGACACACCAUUGAGCUCAGUGAAAGACGAAGGGACCGCGAUGGAUAUUGUUGAACCUACGAGUAUUGAUGAAGAUACGCUUAAGUCUGGAUGGGAUUGUCUAGAUAAAUUAAAUAUGGAUGAGAUGUUUGAUGUAGAUGAGCUAUUGGCUAUGUUAGAUUCUACUCCAGUUUUCACCAAGGACUACAAUUCAGAUGGAAAGCACAACAAUAUGGUAUCAGAUUCGCAAUGUCAGGAGCCGAAUGCAGUGGUAGAUCCUAUGACUGUUGACUAUGGCUUUGAUUUUCUGAAACCAGGCAGGCAAGAAGAUCUUAAUUUCAGUUCGGAUGACCUUGCAUUCAUAGACUUGGAUUCUGAACUUGUCGUUUGAUAGUUUUCGCAGUUGAAAGAUGCAAUGCAAGAUAACAUGUAUCGUCAUUGAUUGAGAUAUAGGACGCGAGGAAGAGAAAACUCGAGAUGUUGAGUUUGGACAAUGUUUUCGUAUCGUUCAAUUUUUUUUUAUUUCAUGUUGGGCAGCAUUGGUUGCCCUUUUCCCAGGCCAGCUGAUUCUCGAUAAGUUUUUGCAUCGAAGAUUAUGCAUUUGGUGUUCUGGAGGACUAAUCUUGUACAGAUCUAACCGGCCUAGUGAGUCAAUAAUUGUUCGUUUUGGUGUGUUGAUAUGACGAAUAAAGAUGUUUCUGGGAUUCAUAGUUUGUUGUAAAGUUUGCUUGACAAUUAGAGGUACUGAUUUUUGUGCUUUCAUUGGAACAAUGUAGAAUGCAUUGACGGCAUUUACAGUUCAUUCAUAACUUGAACAAUAAGUUUGGCAGUGUGUAUUUGUGUUACUUUGUGAAGUAUUCCCAGGGGAUUCGCCAACGAAUGCUGUGUUGUGUGUUCAAGUGUUUCGAGUAGAUCAGAGAAGUACUGGAAGCAGUGGUGCUAUAGUGUUUUAUGUUAGCCCUCAUCGUGGUUUGGUAGAUUUGUGUAGUUCUGUUUUGCACUUAGGCUUUUUUAUCUCUAUCAGAAGUUGUACUCAGGAUGUAAUAGUAGACGUUUUGAGACGUUUCAAAAUGUUCCAGUUCAUGUUCUUUACCACAUUGUAAUUCAAUAAAUUCUGCGGUAAUCUUAAGAUGUGGAA